AUGUUGAACACCAGCUCGGCUGUGAGGACCUGUGGCUUUGACUUCAGUGGCAACAUCAUCAUGUUCUCUACAGACAAGCAGAUGGGCUACCAGUGUUUCCUCAACUACUUUGACCUCCGCGACCCCCAGCAGAUCGAGGACAACCAGCCGUACCUGACGGUGCCCUGUGCUGAGUCUAAGAUCACCAGUGCUGUUUGUGGGCCUCUGGGAGAGUUUGUUAUCGCUGGUCACGAGAACGGGGAGAUCAACCAGUUUAGCGCCAAGUCUGGAGAGGUGCUGAAGAAGGUGAAGGAGCACAACAAACAGAUCAACGACAUCCAGACCUCUGUUGAUCUGACCAUGGUCAUCACAGCCUCUAAAGACUGCUCCUCUAAGGUGGUGAUGGGAGGAGGUCAAGAGGCCAUGGAGGUCACCACCACCUCCACCAGGAUCGGCAAGUUCGAGGCCAGGUUCUUCCACGCAGCUUACGAAGAGGAGUUUGGCAGGGUCAAGGGUCACUUCGGACCCAUCAACUGUGUAGCUUUCCACCCGGACGGCAAGAGCUAUUCCAGUGGAGGAGAGGACGGUUACACGAGGAUCCAUCACUUUGACCCCCAGUACUUUGACUUUGAGCUGGAGGCGUAA